AUGGCGGAGACCACACUGAUUGAGGUGGAACACCCAGACCAGGCUAGCAAGGAAAGCGAGGAGAAAGAAAGAGAAAGCGAGGAGAAAGAAAGAGAAAGCGAGGAGAAAGAAAGAGAAAGCGAGGAGAAAGAAAGAGAAAGCGAGGAGAAAGAAAGAGAAAGCGAGGAGAAAGAAAGAGAAAGCGAGGAGAAAGAAAGAAAGAGAGAAAAAGCAAGGAGCGAGGAGCAAGAAAGAGAGGAGCAAGAAAGAGAGGAGCAAGAAAGAGAGGAGCAAGAAAGAGAGGAGCAAGAAAGAGAGGAGCAAGAAAGAGAGGAGCAAGAAAGAGAGGAGCAAGAAAGAGAGGAGCAAGAAAGAGAGGAGCAAGAAAGAGAGGAGCAAGAAAGAGAGGAGCAAGAAAGAGAGGAGCAAGAAAGAGAGGAGCAAGAAAGAGAGGAGCAAGAAAGAGAGGAGCAAGAAAGAGAGGAGCAAGAAAGAGAGGAGCAAGAAAGAGAGGAGCAAGAAAGAGAGGAGCAAGAAAGAGAGGAGCAAGAAAGAGAGGAGCAAGAAAGAGAGGAGCAAGAAAGAGAGGAGCAAGAAAGAGAGGAGCAAGAAAGAGAGGAGCAAGAAAGAGAGGAGCAAGAAAGAGAGGAGCAAGAAAGAGAGGAGCAAGAAAGAGAGGAGCAAGAAAGAGAGGAGCAAGAAAGAGAGGAGCAAGAAAGAGAGGAGCAAGAAAGAGAGGAGGGAGUUUCCACUUUAUUCACCAUUCAACAGACUACAUAUUUACUACAGGUGCAGCUAUUGUUGUAUUGCAAGGGAAUUUCUGGGAGUCCCUAA